AUGAGUACCUUGAAAUUGGGCUCUAUAGAGCCUUCAUCCAAUCGCAGAAGAUCGAGGACUCGAUCCUUCCUCACAGCCUGUCAUUUGCUACCUAGCAGCGAUGCCGCUUCGCCAGUGCCCAGUGGCUCCCAAGCAUCUUCACUGGAGACCAACACCGGCAACUCCAGACUUCACCUCGAGCACAGCAGCAUCAAGUCUCCUCGACACAAAUCAUCAUUUGGCUCCUUCACCUUCUCUCACGGCACCAGAAGCAAAGCUUCACUGCUGUCCGAGGGUUCAGGAGAGCAUGGCGCGCGACCAGUAAGCUCGCUCUCGAUGCGCUGCGCCUCUGGACGAGGCUUCACGGAUGCAUCUCUGGAUGCCUACGACGAUUUUGACGAGAAUGUGCAAUCACCUCUGCUCGCAGGCACGAACGAGCAUGGGAGCAUGGCAAGCGAGACUUUCCGCAGACUCGACACCACGCCGGCUUCGAGUCAACUGGUGCAGGCCUCGCGCAGCCCCUCGCUUCGCAGCAAGGCAAGCGGAAGCACGCUCAUGGCGAGCGCCCCUAGCAGCCCAGCCGCGACUUCGCCAGUCAUCUCCCGAAGGACCUCGCAAGCUUCCAUGUCCUCUAUGGCUUCUUAUGCUACUGCCGCUUCUCGUCUCACAUCCCCGCCCCCCCGACCACCACGAAGAAGACCCAGCCAACAAAGUCUGACGGUCGCCACCCCCAGCAAAACCGGAUGUGAUGCCACAGGCUCGAUGGCUCAUGCGAUGUGUAGCACUGCUCCUCUCCGCAUCUCUCCAAAUAGGAUGCUUCGAGCCCUCUCCCCGCUUCCUGGGGGCAUCGCAGCUUCCUUGAAGGCAUCCAGCGGAGUAGAGCUAAGCACGGAGGGUGCAGAGAAGGCGACAGCACAUUCAUCACCCGCUCCAGCGAUGACGGCUCGGUCCUCUUCUCUCGGAGCUCGUGCCAUGGGCGCUCUGCGUGCGAGCCCUUUGCAUCGACGUAGUCAAAGCGCGCAGAUGUACGAGCCACCUGUCAAGAGCUCUCUGCGCUCUGAGCUUCCCUGGACGUUGGCACUGGGCGAUGAUAGAUUUGCAGCCGAGCAAGAGGAUGAGGCAGAGCUGCACGCACGCACGCGCGCCACGAUCGCGUAUUUCGCGCGUCAGCGCGGAUCAAAGUUGGAGCCGGUCUCGAAGCUGCAUCAGCCAAGCACUCAGCUAGCUGCUGCAUCUGCUGCCCGCGCUUUCAUGCGUGGCUCGAAUGACGGACCAGCCUCGCCCAAGGAUUCGCUGUCAUCGUUCGACAACUCGUCCUCCUCCACAGCACCGUCUUCAACUACCUUCACCGACCCAUCUGAUUCCGAGGAGGAUGCGCACGGUGACGAGACUCAAAAGAGUCCGGAGCGCUCGAUUCCUUCACCUCUCUCCUCAGCUGCAGGCUCUUCAGCACGAGGCAACAGUCUCACCUCAAGAGCUUUCGAGGGUGAGCCAGCCAGCUGGAGCCCUGCGCUGCUGCCUCGGGGCGAGGUUGAUCCAUGGGACGACGACGAGUGGAGCGAUGUAGAGAGCACAUUGCAUGCGUGUGAAGCGAGAGAGCCCUUCCCAGAUAAGGCAAAACGACAGACUUUGGAUGCAAUCAACGUCUCCCCACUGGUGCUUUCCAAAGCCUUGCCGGACUCAAUUUGCGCUGACUUGGUGGACCAAAAGAGCCCCAGGAGAAGUCCUACCUGCACUCUUUCCGCAACACCAUCCUCUACUAGAAAGACCGAGACGUGGCGCAUCAACACGGACGCGAGUCCUUCACCUCUUUUUAAAGCUGAUCAACAGUCUGAGCAGCAGCUCUUCUUUCCGGUGCCCCCUCCCGUGUCCGGCGGUCUGUCAUCCUCUUUGCGGGAGCGCGGCAAGGAGAGGGACAGCCUGCUCGCUCUCGCUCCCGUUUCUGAGUAUCAUCGUCGCUCGUUGAGCUCCAAGAGGGCUUUGGCUCGAGCUGCCGAGAGAGCUGCGACGAGAGGCGAUGAUGGUCAGUCCAUCACCGAUAUCACGUCGUCCGAAACGGAGUUGAAGCACUUUGACUCUACAGACGAAGAAGAGGAUGAGAUUGGUGAAGAUUUGAAGCUUUUCAAACCCAAGGCUCUGCGUCGCGCAUCGCGGCUGGACGUCUGUGAGGUUCACCAAGAGCCUCGCGGCGACGACAAUGAUCUCGCAAAGCAGGAAGAACCCAAAUUCCAGCCUAGACACCGUGAUGUGGCCUUCGAGCUAAGCAUUCGGCCGGUCUUGAGCAACAGAUGCAGAAGCGCCUCAAUGUCUCCCAGCUCCAGCAGCUCCUUCAGCAGCAGGCGAAUCACUUGGGCCAACGUCCCUUAG